AUGCCGGCGGAACAAUGUAUAUUCUCAUAUCGCAACACCAGUAUCCCGGAGAUGAGUCUUGAGUUUGGUAGCACGAUAUCUUGGAUUGUGACUACCUUUCGAGAUCUUCUGACGGAACAGCCUGUGCUAUCUUUCACGGGAAUUGAGAGUGGGAAGAUCGGGUAUGAGCCUUCUAUGUCGCCAGCAGAACGGUUCGUCCAUGGCAGGCAAGUCCUUACGAGGGCGGCCACUUCCACUUCUUACCUAGGAGAGAAAACUGUGUGGACUAAGAAAACUGAUUCUCAUUAUGACAUCUGUUUCGUCGAGGUAGUUAUAGCGAACGGCCAAGAAACGAGUAGUAUUAAGGGCUACCGGAGAUACCAAGCUAUUUACAUAGAACAUCAGUCGAUCAUCACUCUUGAACUCAAGAUCCUCAACAAGCAGCUGCCCGACGAAGAGAGCGUUCAGCUUCAGCUGAGCAGGGAAGAAUUAACGGGUUUUACACACAUCCUUUGUGCUGCUUCCUGGUUCGACGAGGAGCCCGUGGUGGGUAUGGCCGAACUGAAUACAUUCGGGGGUGGGAUAGAUUCGAUAAAUACCAGAAGGAAGUUACUGAUGGGCAUGGGACGGAUAGCCGCAGGACAGUUCGGGAGAUGGGUUCGGCAGGAGAUGGAGGUGAAAAAUAAGCCCGCUUAG